AUGAGCCUCCAGGUGUGCCACUUAUGUGGCUGGUCCAAAGUGACCACCUACCGGGGCUUGAGGAUCCACCAGAGCAGAAUGGGUUGCACGCCGAAGGGUGCGAGGGUUGCGGAUCCCGAGCAUCAGCGUCUGCAGGAGGCCGAUGCCUACGACCCGGACCUGAGCCUCUGGGUUUGCCAAUACUGUGGCUGGAGGAAUGUGACGACCUAUCGGGGGUUGAGAAUUCACCAGGGGAGGAUGGGCUGUACUCCAAAGGGAGUGAGAAUCCCUAGAGCCGAGCAUUAUCACCAGGAAUACCUCUGGAUAGAACUGAGGCCACAACCUCAAGCGAAGGAACAGGAUUUUCGAGAGCCCCCACAGCCGAGCAGACCCCGCGGAUCGGCGGCGGCCCAGACGGCGGCCCAGGCUGCUGCCCAGGCGGAAGUAUGGAGUGGAUCGGCGGCGUCUGCAGCUCCUCGCCGCUACUCCCUCGGAUCGGCCAGCCCAGAUGGAGGCCGCCGGCUGGAGGAGUUCUCCAAACGUCCACUGGUGGACAGACCUGUCUGGGAGCCUUCGAGAGCUGCUGCUGCUGACCCCACAUGUGCAGUCCGAGCCAAAAAGAAAAACACAAAGCACCAGACGUCACCACGGAAAACGUACAGCGGAACCGUGGAGGAGCUCGAGCCAUCGUCUGGGAGCCCAGAGGCGUCUGCCCGGAGAGCCUCAGUGGCGGCACCAGUUCAGCAGCCGCAGGGCCUUGCUGCCGUCCAGGUGAGCAGACCAGCCAGGAACCAGCGCUCCACUCCGCCUGUGCCACCUGUGGUGCGUCCUAAGACGAGGGGCCCGGCCUCGCUCAUGGAGCAGCGGGAGGGACCCCAGUGUCAGCUACUGCGAGAAAUUCAGAACACCUCGCGAAGAGAAAACAAGAUGGGAGACGAGGAAAAUGGAGGCAAAGCCCCUGCUGAACUGGCGUCUGAAGUAAAGACUAACGCAUCAGCCUGGAAGCGGCUGUCGAAUCCCCCCCCAGUUCCACCGAGGAUAAGCCACUCCUUUUCGCUGAAGGCGAAGCGCGAGAAGUCCAAACCGCAGGUUGAGCAAGAGACUCUGAGUGUGGGAGGAAAAAUGUCCACCGGGAGAAGAGACAGCAAAGAAGAGCGCCGGAGUUCUGUCUGCCACCCAAACACCAGCAGCACCCGCUGCCAAACACUCGGAGAAGGAGUGGGCUCCCGAGGUUUUCAAGCACCGCGGCCCGAGAAAAACCAGUGGGACCGACCGGGGGGAAGAGUCGGAGGCGGAUGCGGGCUCUCACAGGCAACGUUCCUUGAUCUGAGAAUCUCCGUCACGACGGGCCAGGAAACAGCAGCCCAACCAAAAGACGGGGACGGAGAGGGAGAACAGCUGCAAACGGUGAAGCAGCUCACCGAGGCAGACGCUUGCAGGGUCCGAAACCGCUGCGCUCAUGGAGCUCGCCACUGGGUUGAAGGUCAGGGAUCUGACUCAGAUGUAUUCGGAGACCACGGCGUGAAGGAGCAGUCUGACCAAAGAAGAGGCAGAGAAAUUGAGAAAAAAAGGGGGCAGGCCUACAUAAAACCUCCUCUCGAAAAGGAGAAAAACGACCCAUAA